GCAGCCGCGAUGCGCCGCGAUUUCUCCCCACCCCGGGACCGCCGCACCGUCGACGCUCCGCCGGUUCCCGUCGAUGGGCGUUCGGCGGAGCGCAGCGCGGAGCGGACGGAGUUGGCGGCUCUGAACGAUCGCUUCGCCGCUUUCCUGGAGAGGGUGCGGGCGUUGGAACGGCAGAACGGAGCCCUCCGCUCAGCCCUCGGCCGCGCCGCCGCCGCCCCCCGCGCCGCGGGGUUGGUGCGGGGAGAGCUGCGGGGGCUGCGGGAGCGGCUGCAGCGCCUCGGCCGGGAGAGGGAACGGCUGCAGGGAGAGCGCGAUGGGCUCGCGGCGGAGCUGCAGGGGCUGCGGCGGCGGCUGGAGGAUGAGAUGCAGAAGCGUGAAGAUGCGGAGCAGAGCCUGGUGCUAUUCCGCAAGGACAUGGACGACGCCACGCUGUGCCGCCUGGAGCUGGAGCACAGGAUUGAGCUGCUGAUGGAUGAGAUCGGCUUCUUGAAGAAGCUGCACGAGGAGGAGCUGUGGGAGCUGGAGGUGAGAGCUCAGAGCCCACAGGCGCAGGCAGGGGCACGAAUGGAGCUGCAGCAGCCGGACCUGACAGCUGCACUGCGUGACAUCCGCACGCAGUAUGAGAGCAUCGCCGUCACGAACCUGCAGGAAGCCGAGGAGUGGUACAAAGCCAAGUUUGCUGAUCUGUCAGAUGCUGCCAAUCGUAACUGCGAGGCGCUGCGGGUGGCCAAGCAGGAGAUGAACGAAUCCCAGAGGCAGAUCCAGAGCCUCACCUGCGAGGUGGAUGGGCUGAAGGGCAUGAAUGAAGCACUGCAGCGACAGAUGCAGGAGAUGGAGGACGAGUUCAGCACGGAGAUCAGGAGCUACCAGGAGGAGAUGGGGAGGCUGGAGCAGGAGAUCCGGAGCAUGAAGGAGGAGAUGGCGAAGCAGCUGCACGAAUAUCAGGAUCUGCUCCGUGUCAAGAUGGCUCUGGACGUGGAGAUCGCCACGUACCGCAAGCUGCUGAACAGCGAGGAGGGCUGCAGGUGGUGAUGGAGUCAUGCAAGGAGUGGAGCCCAAGUGAUGGAAAGGCCUCCCCGGCCGCCCCCCACGCCUGUGCCUUUAUUUAUCGCUAUUUGCUGCUGUGCUCAACGCUGUAGCAGGGCGACGGGGGGGGGUGUCCCGCUGCUGCCCACCCACCCCCCCCCUCCAACUUCUCAGCCGCGAAUAAAGAAUGGAGCUUG